AUGCCUCUCCUCAAGCCAUCAAAAAAACUGUCCAGAAAGCCGAGGACACGCAAGAUAGUGCCUGGGAUUUUGCGCGAAGAUUCAGACGACGAACUUGGCGACAGUGACCUUCCAUGGGAGUGGAUAUACGAAAAUGCAAGCACUACGGCAGAGCCAAACGGGCGAGAAGCGUCUCAGAAGCGGAAACGAUCAGAGAAGUCCAGCAGGAUUAUCGGCGCACGGAUGGGCGAGUUCGAGUGCAGACACGGAGACACUGUGUUGCUGAAAGCUGAGGGCUCCAACGAAGCAUGGGUCGGUUUGAUAUGUGACUUCCUCGAAGAGGAUGACCAGAAAAAGGCACAUUUCAUGUGGUUCUCGACCGAGAGGGAGAUCCGCAACAAGAUAAAGAAGAGGACCGACUUUUUGCCUAACGAGUUAUACAUCUCGCCGUCGUGGGAUUAUAACCCCUUAGCAUCGAUCAACGGACGAGCGCAGAUAAUGUCCCUCGCGACUUUCUACCAGAAGUACCCAAACGGCCGCGUGCCGCGAAACGCAAAGGAAAACGGCAAGGUGUUUGUAUGUCGGCGCGGUUGUAACACGCGGACAGCAAGCUACACGGAAGAGUUUGUGUGGGAAGACCUGUUCUCGGGCUCGGCAGAAGACAUUGAGAAUCUAGUUGAGAUGAUCAAGACGGGAACAAAGGCGACACGGAAGAAGCGACAGACAGCCAAGGACGAGGAUGCGGAGGAUCCAUACGUAUUUGCUGGAGACGACGAGGGCGCAGAGGAGCGGGAGUUCCAGACACCCAAGAAGAAGACCAAGACAUUUGAGGCUACGACGCCGACGAGCAAGGCACCACGCAGCGCGUCCAAGUUUAUGACGCCAUCGCAUCGGCGGGUGAUGGUCAAGAAACAGCUGGAGUUUACGCCGCUGGCGACACGCACACUAUCACCGGGCCACUUCCAGGCAUCGCCUUUCCAGCGGGCGCGGGCGCAGCUGCACGUGGCCUCGGUGCCAACGAGCCUGCCAUGCCGAGAGAGCGAGUUUUCGCUGGUGUACUCACACCUGGAAGCGGCAAUCACCGAGGGCACGGGGUCGUGCAUCUACAUCUCGGGCACGCCCGGCACAGGCAAGACGGCGACGGUGCGGGAAGUAGUGGCACAGCUGGACUGCGCGGUGCAGUCGGACGAGCUGGACGACUUCAUCUUUGUGGAGAUCAACGGAAUGAAGAUCACGGACCCGCAUCAGUCGUACUCGCUGCUAUGGGAGGCGCUCAAGGGGCAGCGGGUCAGCCCGGGCCAGGCUCUGGAUCUGCUGGAGCACGAGUUCAGCAAUCCGAGCCCGCGACGGGUGCCAUGUGUGGUGCUGAUGGACGAGCUGGACCAGCUGGUGACCAAGAACCAGGGCGUGAUGUACAACUUUUUCAACUGGCCCAGCUUGCGGCACAGCCGGCUGAUUGUGCUGGCGGUGGCGAACACGAUGGAUCUUCCAGAGCGGACGCUGAGCAACAAGAUCAGUAGUCGAUUGGGAUUGACUCGCAUUACGUUCCCGGGCUAUAACCACGAGCAGCUGAUGAAGAUCAUCCAGUCGCGCCUAGAGGGUGUGCCGGGUAGCAUGGUGGACCCGGACGCGAUCCAGUUUGCGAGUCGGAAGGUAGCGGCUGUCAGCGGUGAUGCGCGACGUGCUCUGGAUAUUUGCCGGCGGGCGGUGGAGCUGGCGGAGGCGGAGAGCCGUCAGGCGCCGGUGCCAGGGACGCCGACGAAGCCGAAGAGGGGCGAGACCUCGUUGACGGUGGCGGCAACAUCCAGCAAGCGGAGCAAUAGCAGCGGCCGGGUGACCAUCGACACGGUGCGGCGGGCCAUUGCGGAGGCGACGUCGAGCCCGCUGCAGCAGUACCUGCGGGCGCUUCCAUUUGCGUCGCGGCUGCUGCUGGCAGCUUUGGUGGCGCGGGCACAGAGGACCGGCCUGGCCGAGAGCACGUAUGGCGACGUGCUCGAGGAGACGGAACGGUCGCUGCGGAUGGCGAUGGCGAUGGCGGCCGGCACAGCCGAGGGUCGGCCGCUCGAGGUGCUCGGCGGUGCGGACGCAAAGGCGGGUGCUGACGGAUCGCGCAAGCACACAGGCGGAGCAGCAGCUGCGGCAGCCUCGCGGGGGGUCCGGCUGGCCGGGCUUGGAGGCGCGGCGGCUGAUCUGGCCGGGGCGGGCAUCCUGUAUCUGGAAGGGCAGCGGGUGGAGCGGCCGAGCAAGAUGCGGCUGGCCGUGGGCGAUGAGGACGUGCGGUUGGCCUUUCGCGACGAUCCGGAGAUCAAGGCGACGGGGUUGGUGGCUUGA